AUGGAAAAAAGCUUCGACCUCAGCGAGAAGGAGGUGUCCCUUCCUCCAGAUCUGGAGAGUGGGAUUAGCUCGUCGCCAGGGAGGAAUUCCGAUUCGAACUCCCCAUACUCCUCUCCUUCUUCAGUCAUACACCAUCUCCCGUCUGAUGCGGGGGAGAUAUCACCUGUUGGAUCGCAGGAACAACAGUUUUUACAGCCGAGAAAAAGACACCAAAGAAACGCUUCUCUUAGCAUUAGUCCGACGGCCGCAGGUUUUGCUGAAGCAGAAGCUGAGGCAGGAGCCAGUUCGUUGUUGAGGGUAAUUUUUUGGAUUCUGUAUGCCACAUUGCCUCUGGGUAUAUUGGGGUACUUUUUAGCAAGUUAUGCUGUGGAUUACAGACACUCCAACCACUCAGGAAGUGGGUACUAUCCAGAUUUGCCCUCUGGUUAUGCAUCCAAAACGGGCAACUUUGACGAUUUCGGAAUUGAGUUCUACGAUUUGCAGGACUACAGGUCCACCCCAGAAGGCUGGAAUAGAGACGAACGUGUGUUGUUCUGCGUUCCACUUCGUGAUGCCUCUGCGCAUUUGCCCAUGUUCUUUGGCCACAUGAGAAACUUGACAUAUCCUCAUAAUCUGAUUGAUCUUGCGUUCCUGAUCUCGGAUACCUCUGACUCAACGAUAAAGGAUCUCAAGAAGCAUCUUGCAGAGAUACAAUCCGAUCCCGAUUCAAGUUUCCACUUUGGUAGAAUCAAUAUCUACGAAAAGGACUUUGGACAGAUCAUAGGUCAGUCGUUUAGUGAUCGUCAUGGAUUUCAAGCCCAAGGCCCCAGAAGAAAGCUCAUGGCUAUUGCACGUAAUUGGUUAUUAUCUACAGCUUUGAGACCAGACCAUGCUUGGGUCUAUUGGCGUGAUGCUGAUGUGGAGACAAUUCCCGCGACCAUAAUAGAAGACCUGAUGCACCACGACAGAGAUGUUAUUGUGCCCAAUAUCUGGAGACCUUUGCCCGAUUGGCUUGGUUACGAGCAACCAUACGAUCUUAAUUCAUGGCAGGAAAGUGAGGGUGGAAUCGAGCUGGCUGACAGGCUGGAUGAGGAUGCCGUCAUCGUAGAGGGUUACGUUGAGUAUGCGACCUGGAGGCCACAUCUGGCAUAUCUUCGUGAUGCCAACGGGGAUCCAGAGGUGGAGAUGGAGUUGGAUGGAAUUGGAGGUGUUUCAAUUCUCUCCAAAGCCAACGUUUUCAAGAGCGGGUCGAAUUUCCCAGCAUUCUCGUUCCAGAAACAUGCUGAGACUGAGGGAUUUGGCAAGCUGUGCAAGCGCAUGGGAUAUAGUGUUAUUGGUUUGCCCCAUUAUACUAUCUGGCAUAUCUACGAGCCAUCUUCCGACGACUUGAGGCACAUGGAAUGGAUGGCACAGGAAGAAAAGAGAAGACUGGAAAGGGCCAAGAUCCAAAAGUUCUAUGAUAAAGCAUGGAAACUUGCUUUUGAAGAAGUUGACGAGGACUGGAAGAGGCUCAAGUUCAAUGUGUUCAAGAACACAGAUCUCCGCAAGACCGGGAGAAAGAUCGAGGUGGACUGGUCCGAAGUGGAUGAAUAUCUGUUGGAGAUGGAUGACGAGUAUAAUUCGGGUGCCAGUACUGAGUGGUAUGAUGAGGAAGAAAACCAGGAUCCAAUGAGCUUGUUUGAGAAAUAUGAUGACGACUUCAAGGACAAGUUGGAGAAAUCGAAGAAGACAGACAACCCUCACGAGGAAGUCUUCAAUUCUUUCCCACUGAACCCUUACGUCAGUGGUAAAAACGGCAAGAACUAUCAAUUUGUGAAAUUCAGGAAGGGUAAUGGCGACGAUAUCGUCAACAGUCAGACCAACGAUGAAGAGCGCAAGAAGGAGUCAGCCGAGAUGGAGCUCGCGUUGAGCGAAGCACGCAUGCUGAAGGAGGAAGAGAAUGCCAAAAAGAUUGAGGAGGAGAACGCAUUGAAGGCAGAAAAGGAGAAAGAAGCCGAGAUGGCCAGGAAACAGAAGCUCAAGGAGGAGGAAGAGCAGGCCAAAGUCUUGAAAGAGCAAGAAGAUGCCAAGAAGAAGUUCGAAGAGGCUGAGAUGGCCAAGAUGAAGGAGCAGGCCGCUAAGAGACGUGCCGAGAAACUUGAAAGGCAGAAAGAGAAGAAGCGGAAAGAGGAUGAGGAGAUGAAGAGGUUGAAUCAGAUAGCAAUCGAUAAGGAGAUGUCGAGAAGGGAAAUUGAGAAGCUGAAAGAUCCUCAGGAGAAGUAG